UAUAUCGCAUAUACAACCAGGCUCCUUUACUCUUCUCGACACAACAGUGUCAUACACAAGUGUCUCAGUUUCCGUCUUAUAAGUUGUUUUUUUUUUAAAUUUGUUCCUUUUUCGCUAAUUUUUUUUUUUUUAAUAAAAAGAAGUUUUUUUAUAACCAAAUGUGAGUGGAGAGAAAAUUAUUAUUCAAGUUGUAAAGUGAUACGGUUUUUGAGUUUUACUUUCACUCAAUGAGUGAAAUAUAAUAAAAAUAAUAGUGUUUCCGGGUUUAUAAAGUGAUAUACUCACGGGAAAGGGGAUAUUUUGUUACACCCCCCCUUCCCUAACCCUGUUUUUGUUACAUAUAUACUCACAAUAAGGAAUAUAUAGAGCAUCUUAAGGGAGUAAUCGAAGAUUUACAAAAAUUGAGUCGAACAUGCCGAUGGUGUUUCUGGACCGUUUACCGGUCCCGAGUUUGCGAGUUUACACGGCAAUUAGUGUUGGAAUAUUAUCAUGCUCUGUAUAUUAUGCCGCGCAAGUUGUCAAGGAUCCAGCGUGGCGGACAAAUCAUACAAAUAUUGUUGAUCACGACAAUAUUACAACAAAUGUCACGGAAAUUGAUCCACGAUCAUUUGGCGUUCAUUUGAAGGAGAUUUUCUCAUGCAUGGUCCAGGAACCACUAUGCAUUUGGACACUGAUAAACAUGGCCUAUUGCGUCCUAAUUUUGUUGGGAAAAUCGAUCCAGAAACUUGUAUUUGGUGAGCUACGAGUUUCGGAGAGGCAACAUUUGAAAGAUAAAUUUUGGAAUUUCAUCUUUUACAAAUUCAUCUUUGUUUUUGGUGUACUUAACGUUCAAUAUAUGGACGAGGUCGUCCUCUGGUGCGCCUGGUUCACUGCUCUCGGAUUUCUCAGUCUUCUCAGUCAACUGUGCAAAGAUCGAUUUGAAUAUCUCUCAUUUUCGCCAACAACUCCAGGAUGGAGUCAUGCAAGAUUAUUGGGUCUUUUGGCGUCAAUUUUGGCACUUUCUGGAUUUAUGCUUCUUCUUUGCACGGCCGCAGCAUUUUUCUUCGUCUCCUUUAAUACUUUCGCUUUCAUGUCAGCAGAGUGUGUACUACUUGGCGUGAGAACAAUUCAUGUCAUGUUACGUUACGCUAUUCAUCUCUAUGACACAAGAGGUGCUGGCACAUCAUCUCCACGUUCCUGGGACAAAAGAGGACCCUUGGCUUAUUAUACGGAACUUGCUUCAGAAUUAACUGUUCUGGCAGUUGAAUUUCUCCAUCAUAUUCAUAUGCUUUUGUGGAGUAACAUCUUUCUUAGUAUGGCGUCUCUUGUUAUUUGCAUGCAACUUCGAUAUCUCUUUUAUGAAAUUCAACGGAGAAUCACAAAACAUCGAAAUUAUCUCGCUGUUCUCAGUCACAUGGAGCAAAAUUAUCCAAUGGCAACGCAGGAGGAACUCGCGGAAAAUUCGGACAAUUGCGCUGUUUGUUGGGAAAAAAUGGAAACGGCAAGAAAAUUACCAUGUGGACAUUUAUUUCAUAAUUCGUGUCUACAAUCGUGGUUGGAACAAGACACAUCGUGUCCAACGUGUCGUCUUGCAUUGAGUAUGCAGGCAAAUCAUCGUGAAAAUAAUCAAGAAAUACCACAAGAAUCACAAACACCAGCGCGAAGGAAUGACAAUCAUUUUUUUCAUUUCGAUGGCUCACGUUAUGUUUCAUGGUUGCCAAGUUUUUCCGUUGAAGUCACGCACAAUCGUUUGCGUGGCGAUUUUCUCACCAUGGCGCACAGUAAUUCACAAUUGGACGCAAUGGCACGACAGGUACAACAAUUGUUUCCGCAUUAUUUGCGAAAUGUUGUGAUUGAAGAUUUACGAGUGACAAGAUCGGUGGAAUUGACAAUUGAAAAUAUUCUCGAUGGAAGAUUAACAUUGCCACAUCAUGUUAUUGAGGAGCCGGAAACGGAAACUCAAACUCAAUCCAUUGGCAAUAUUUUGCCAAGUAAUGAAACGCAAACUUCGUGGGAUCCACAUCUUGAUAUUCCCAAUGUUGACAGCAGCGAGGAGCAAAUAAAUUUGGGUGGUCGUUUCUCAAAAUCGCCAAUUGAGAGGGAAAGAAUUUUAAAACGUCGAAAAGAACAUCUUUUAUUAUCGGCACGUCGAAAAUAUUUCGAAAAAUUAUGCAAUAAAAUUGAAACAGAUCUCGCUGAUACAGAAUCACCUUCGUCAUCAUCAUCAUCAUCAAUUUCCUGUCCAAUGCCAUCGUCAUCAAGAAAUACACACGAAAUUAAAUCAUAGGCGUUUCCAAAUCAGUCCAGCAAGAAAAAAAAAAUCACUUUUUCUCAACUCAGGACUCGCAUCUCAGGAGAGAUUGUAAGAGAAACUUCUUCGUCUCCAUAUUAAAUGUAUUGAAUGAAUCGCAUUUUAUUAAGCGAUUCAAAUAACCCUCCAAAAAAAAAAAAAAUAAGAAAGAAAGAAAACGGAAACUAGAAUUUUAAUUUUCGUAGUUCUCGCGUUAAAUUGUGGAGAAUAUGGAAGUGAAGGAUAAGAAAGAAAAAUUUAGCAAUUGAGAAAUGGGGGGAAAAAAAAAAUGAUGAAUGGAAAAAAUCGAUAAAGGGAAAAAAAGGUGAAAAAAUGGGCGAAAAUGAGAAAAUAAAUUUAUUUGGGAAUAAAAAGAAAAGAAAAAAGGUGAAAGGAUAAAAAGUUUGAAAAAGAGAAAAUAAGGCGAAGAUAAGAAAGAAAAAGAAAGAAAAGGCGAGAAAUUUUUUCGUGAGGAAAAAAGAAAAAGAAAAGACGAGUGAUGGAGGGGAAAAAAAAAAGUUUAGAAAAAGAAAAGGAUAGGGGGGGAAAAAAAGCAAGAAAGGAGAAAAAGAAGAUUAAGAGAAGAAAAAGAAGCGGAAAAAUGGUAAGACAAAAGAUAAUAAAGAAAGAAAGAAAAGAAAAAAGUUUUAACAAAAGAAACAUAAUAAAUAAAUAAAAAAAUUUAUCUAUUAUUUCACAGAAGGAAAAUAUUAAAUAAUUAAUAUUUAUUCUAAUUAUUAUACAAAAAAAAAUUGAAUUUUACAAAAAAAAUUAAAAAAUAUUCGUUUUUUUUUAAUUUUUUAAAUAGAAAAAAAAUCUUAGUUGUAAAAUAAUAUAUUAUUCUAUUUUGAAUUAGAAUAAAAAUAAUAUAUUAUUUUUUUUGGAAUUAUAAAAAAUUACAAAAAUUUUUUAUAUAAAUUCCUUUAUUAUUUUCUAUAUAUAAAUUUUUAUAUAGAAUAGAAUUUUAUUAAUUUAAAAAUUGUUUUACAUCUUCAAAUGCGAUUAUAUAAAUUUAUAUAUAAAUUUUUGUAAAUUUUUUUUUUCAAUUCUAAAAAUUUAUAGACUUCUAUAAAUUUAAGUUUUCUUUGUUUAAUUUCUAAAAAUUUAUAGACUUGUAUAAAUUUUUAUAAUUUAAUUCUAUGGAAUUUCAAUUUUCAUUUAAAGAAAAUAAUAAAUAAAAGCUGAAAAGAAGGAAAAGUAAAUAUAAAAUAAAUGUCUGAAAAGGUAAUUAAAUUAAAGAACGAAGAAAAUAAAAAGAAGGAAAAAAGAGGAAAAAUCGGAUAAUGACCAGAAUUUGAAGGAGAGUUUUUUUUUUUUUUUAGUCUAAAAGAGUGGAAAAAGUCGAUGAAAGCGUGUUUUAAAUGAAAAAAAAAAUAGAGGGAAAUUCGAAAGUCUUUGAAUUUAAAGCACUUUUUAUUAUUAUUUUUUUUUAUUGACUAGUUUACAGAAUUUUUUUUUUUAUAUAUAUAAAUGUUUUCUUUUUCUAUAAAACCUCUUAAUUUAGAUAGAGGUGGAUUUGAAAAAGUAGAGCGAGAUUCUUUUUUUUUCUCCGAUUACAUUUUUUUUUUUUUUUAGGCUGAGUACUUGAAACAAUGUGAAAAAAUAGAAUAGUAAAAAAAAAUAAAUUAGAAUAUUCCUUGUACUAUAGUUAAUGCCACACGAGAAAAUUGAAACUUAAUUUAAAAAUACCAGGGUUUUGAAUUUUUCUAGAAAAAAAUUAUUAUUUUUUUUUUUAAAUUUUUUAAAAGUAAAUAUUUUCGUAAAAAUAGUAAAAGAGAAUUUUUUUUCAAGGAAAGAACACGGAAAAAAUAAUUUACCUGAAACAGCGAAACGUUUCACUGUAGUAGGAAAAAUUUUACUUGUCUCAAUUAAAUCAUUCGCUAUUCUAGUGUUAUCUUUUUCUGUUUCAGGUAAAUAUUUUUUCCCUGAAUGUAAAAAAUAUUUUUUUUUUAUCUAAAUAAAACAAUUUUUUUAUUUUCUUGAAAAAAGAAUUAAUAAAACAAUAAAAUAAUAAUUAUAAAAGAAAAAAAAUAAUUUCUUUUAACAUUUUUUGAAAAAUAGAAAAAAUUUUGGAUUUUAAUUUUCAAAAGAAAGAACUGUAAAAAAAGGGUUGUCUUUAAUUUUUCUUUAAGAAAAUAUUUAGCAUUAUCUCUAAAUAAUCUGUUGCUUUUUUCGCAGACUUUAAAUUAAUUUCCAUUAUGUUUUUUUUUUGUCUAUAUAUUAUAAAUACAUAUAUAUAUAGUUGAUAAUUAAAACGCCUUUUGAAUUUUUCUCGCUUUUGCUUUUUUUUUUGUGAUAAUAAUUGACUUUUUUAUAUAUAAAUAAAUAGUAAUAGGUAUUAUAAAAAAAUACACCUCUAUAAUGCGCAUACAUUCGUAUAAUGUACAUUUGUACGUAUGAUAUUCAUACAAUUUUGAAAGAGAGAAAAAGAGAGAGAGAGAGAGAAAGAGAGAAAGAAAAAGAGAGAAAAAUAAAAAAAUUUACUCACUAAUUUAAGAUCAAGGAAAGAAAAAAAAAACUGAUAUAGAAAAUGACAAAAUUCAUUUUCGCGACAAAAAGGCGUAAUUUUAAUUGCGCCUUUUGUUAUAGUAUUAAUAGAAUUAUUUAUUUUUUAGUAAUCUAAGUGAAAAUAUCGUUCACAGAGUCUAAUGGAGUUGUGAAAAUAGCAACUAUCCGCGUAUGGCGAUUUGCCAAAAAAAAAAAAAAAUCCCAAAAAUCCUCGAAAAAAGGAUAAAAAAUUUAAUAGAAAACUUUUAGAGAAAAAAAAAACAAAACAAAACGAUCGACUGGAUCAUUUUUGUGGGAAAUAUAAUUUCGAACUUACAAAAAUUUUCAUUGUUUUUUUUUUUUUUUUAAAUAGAAAAGAUUUUGAUUUUCUAAAAAUCGUAUUAAAAAAAAAAAUUUUUUUUUUUAUCUUUUCAAAGUAAAAUUUCGCAAUUUUUCUUUUGCCUAAAGAAAAUUAAAAAAUAUAUUUUUUUUCAAACAAAUAAUUUUUAUUUGCUAAAUAUUUUGUUUUAUUUAAAGUUUAUCAAUUUUGUAAAAAUGAGAUGUUUUUUUUUUUUAAUUUUGAAAUUUGAAAAGGAAAAAUCUUACAGAAAUGUGAUAGUUAUAAUAUUGUGUGGAGACAAAAAAAAAAGAGUAAUUUUGUCCCCAUUUUUUCUGUACUUUCAAUCAUUUUUGAUGUAAUUUUUUUUUUUUUUUUUUGAUUUUAAUACUUUGAAAAAAAAAAUACAUGUACACCAUUAUAAAUAAAUAUAGGAUAUCAAAAUACCCUCCACGAGAUCCUUGUAAAUACACUCACACAAACACAAAAAAAAAAAAAAACACAGUUAAGAAAUCUUAUUACGUAUACAUUUCAGCCAAUAAUCUGUCAUUUCAUUAGGAUUGUAAUGAGAAGUGUAUAUCAUAAAUAAAAAUAUGCUAUAGAUUGUUGUA